ACGCAAUUAUAGAAUGGGCUUUUGUUGCUCGAGGCGUUGCGAGCGUUAAGUGGACUAAACUAACCAACCAAACGCUACCGUGGUCACGAAACGAAAAAACGCCUCUAAUCAUGCGCACGAGGUGAAAAAUGCCCCCAACACACUGGCGUGGUAGCACGUGGUAGCAUGUGGUAGCAUGUGAUGGAUAUGAUUUUACAAGUUUAUUUUUAGUACACUACAUCUAAAAAGCAAAAAUGGGACGUAUUCGACGCAAAGAGAUAUCAAAGAAUAAGAAGAAAAUCAACAAGAUUAAAUCGACGGAGAAAACACGUAAACAAUUACGAAAGGAAAAGAGACAACAAAAAAAGAUAAGUAGAGCAAUAUAUUAUCAAAAAAACAGGUCUAGAAAUCAAUCGAAGGAAACUAAAUCAACACGUAGUGUGAGAAGAAUUGAUAAUGUUAUGACAUUGAGGGAAAAAGAAGAAGAAAGAGGAGAGCAGAAUAAUGAAAGAGGAGAGACACUUAUACAGUUAAAGAAAGAGAAUCAAAAAGUAUCUAAUGACACCAAUGAAAGAAAAAGACAGAAGGAAUUAAAAAGACAAAGAAUGAGGCAAUUAAAACAAGAAAAUCUGUUUGAGGACAAAAUGAUUAAACAGUUAGAAAAACAAUUGAAAUUAAACAAACGGAAGAGUAAAUCUAUACCAAAAUCCUUUGCUGCAGAUGGUUUAGAUUAUAUUUUGGAUUUCUGUGACUCAGAGAAUAGGAGUCAUGUGGUAGAAACUGAAAAACAAUUACUAGAAACUGGACUGAGUACAGAAUUUGAAGAGGAUUUGAACAUGGCUAUUGGUGAAGAUGAUAGUGAAGAUGAACAUGAUGAAGAAGAGAACAUAGAUGAUAAUGAAAAUUCCAAACAGAAUUUAGAUGAUAGUGAGGAUUCAGAACAGAACAUACAUGAUAAUGAGGAUUCUGAUCAGGAUAUGGAGAAUGGAAGUGUCUUGUCUGAUAAGGAUUUGGAAUUAGAUAAUAAUGAAGAUAUGUCUUCAGAGGAAACAAAUAGGAUAAAUGUAAAAUCUAAGAGUUAUCCAAAAAAUAUCAAGGAUGAAAUAGAGAAUGAAAAUUCAAGUUAUAGUGAUGAUGCAUCAGAACAGUCAGACGAUAGCAAAGGCUUAUGGGAGGAUAUUUAUGGCAGGCAGAGAGACAAAAAGGGCAACAUUAUAUCAAAUAAAUAUGUACCACCUGCUGCACGUGUUGCAAACACAGAUAUCUCUGUUGACAGUGAAAAAGCUCGUAGAUUAGAAAAACAACUUAAAGGUAUUUUAAAUAGAUUGGCCGAGCAGAACAUGUAUACUAUUGCAAAUCAGGUAGAAGAGAUGUACAUGUCAAACAGUCGUAAUGAUAUGAAUGUAAUGUUAUCCAAGCUAAUGAUGGAAGCUAUAAUUGCACCAAUACUAACACCAGAUCGGCUUAUCUCCGAACAUAUGAUGUUAAUCGCUGUACUACAUGCAAAUGUUGGCACAGAAGUUGGCGCGCAUUUUCUGUUGACUACUGUAAAAAAGUUUGAUCAGAUGUUGAACAAAUCUCAUAGUGUCGAGAAUAAAGAAUUAGAUAAUAUAAUCCUUAUGAUAUCGCAUCUUUAUAACUUCAAAGUAUAUGGUCAUUGUCUUUUAUAUCAGAUAUUAGGAAAGCUAUCAGUAAAAUUCACAGAGAAAGAAAUCGAAUUAAUUUUACUGAUUUUAAGGACAGUGGGCUUUCUGUUGAGGAAAGAUGAUCCUCUUGCAUUAAAAGAACUUAUAUUAAAUUUGCAACAAAAAGCAAAUCACGUCACACAGGAAAAUUCAAGGAUUAAGUUUAUGUUAGAUGUAUUAUUGGCGAUAAAGAAUAAUAACAUGAACAAAAUACCCCAAUAUGAUCCAACUCGUGUAGAACAUUUGAGGAAAAUUCUGAAAAGUUUCAUUCAUAAAGGCAACAGUGUUACACAAUUCAAUGUAACGCUAGAAGAUUUAUUAGAAGCCGAUGAGAGAGGAAAAUGGUGGGUAGUAGGAUCAGCUUGGUCUGGUCUCAAGGAUAUUGGUAAAUUAGAGAAAACUUCAGAGAACAACCAACAAAAAUAUAGCGGAAAAUUAUUAGAACUGGCACGGAAGCAGAGAAUGAAUACUGAUAUCAGAAGAGAUAUUUUUUGUGUUCUCAUGACAGCUGAAGAUUAUUUAGACGCAUUUGAGAAGAUUCAUCAUCUCGGCUUGAAAAAUCAGCAACAGAGAGAAGUAAUUUAUGUCGUUUUUAGUUGUUGCAUUCAGGAGAAAAAAUUCAAUCCUUAUUAUGCUAUAUUGGCGCAAAAAUUAUGUGAUUCUGAUAGGAAAUAUCAGUUAACUAUACAAUAUGCACUGUGGGAUAAGUUGAAAACAUUGAACGAUUUGACUACAAAACAGUUGACAAAUCUGGCAAAAUUUUUAACUCAUCUAUUUUUAGAAAAGGGUCUUCCUCUUUCCGUUUUAAAGGUGAUUCAAUUUACUGAAUUAGACAAGUUAACUAUGAGACUUGUACGACAGAUUAUGCUGGGAAUACUAUUGUAUGAAAAUGGGGAGGCUUGCUUAGAAGUGUUUGAAAGAAUAUCACAAUCUCCAAAAUUGCAGACUUUCAGGGAAAGUCUUAGAUUAUUCAUAAAUCAUUUUCUUGUAAAAAAUAUUUGCGCCACUGAAAAAUUACAGAAACAGAGUGUGUUGUUGCAAAAACGAGUCGAACUUGUAGAUAAAGUUUUAAGUACUCGAGAAUCGAAAGUUAUAUUUUAAAAGUAUUUUAGUAUAUGUACAUAGAGGAAUCUUAAGGCAUCAAGAAGCAUAUAAUUAUUAACUGUACAUAUCAUUUUUAAACAAAUGACAAUACACGUCAUAGUUUUAUAUAAAUGCACUAUAAAAUUAUA